AACAUACCUGAAGUUUCAUCCAGGAGCAAGUGAGGAAGAGAGGAAGACACGUUUCAGGAUGGCGUCGGGGGGAAAAAAUUAAUGAACGAAUAUUGAUUAUUAUUAUUAUUUUUUUAUCGUGCUUAUUUACAGAUUUAGCUCCGUGGUGAUUUAUUCUAAAGAAGAAAUAUAUAGGAGUUGUUUUUUCUUGUUUAAUUUUAUAUAUAAGAUAAAGAAAAAGGAAUCCUCCGUAUUGUUUCCUGAUCAACUUCUCACGAUGGACUCGAACAGAAAGCACGUGACGGGGCAGCUCAUGGUGGCUGUCGGGACAGCAGUAAUCGGCUCCUUACAGUUCGGCUAUAACACAGGAGUCAUUAACGCACCACAGGCGAUCAUCGAGGGCUUCUACAAUGAGACAUGGAAUGAACGGUAUAACGAACCCAUCCCUCCAAACUCCCUCACUACCCUUUGGGCCAUUUCUGUUGCCAUCUUUUCUGUAGGAGGUAUCUUCAGCUCUUUCUCCGUAGGACUGUUUGUCAAUCGUCUGGGCAGGAGGAAUUCGAUGCUUGUGGCUAAUAUCCUGGCAUUUAUAGCAGCUGCUUUAAUGGGCUUCUCUAAGCUGGCUGCAUCUUGGGAGAUGCUGAUCAUUGGCCGGCUUGUUGUGGGUCUUUACUCCGGUCUGUCCACAGGCUUUGUGCCCAUGUAUGUAGGUGAAAUUGCUCCGACAGCUUUGCGAGGAGCACUGGGCACUCUGCAUCAGUUGGGUAUUGUUGUAGGCAUCCUGAUGGCACAGAUCUUUGGCAUUGAGUCGAUUAUGGGAAACGCAUCUAUGUGGCCUUUCUUGCUGGGCUUCACCUUCAUCCCGGCCGUGAUUCAGUGUGCCCUGUUGCCUUUCUGUCCUGAAAGCCCUCGCUUCCUGCUUAUCAACCAGAACGAAGAGAACAAAGCCAAGACUGUUCUGAAGAAGCUUCGUGGCACUGAGGAUAUUGGCGAUGACAUCCAGGAGAUGAAGGAGGAGAGCAGGCAGAUGAUGAGGGAGAAAAAAGUGACCAUCAUGGAAUUGUUCCGGUCUCCACUUUACCGCCAACCACUUCUGGUCGCCGUCAUGCUGCAGCUGUCACAGCAGUUCUCUGGGAUCAACGCUGUAUUUUACUACUCUACUAGCAUUUUCAAGAAAGCAGGAGUGUCCCAGCCGGUCUAUGCAACCAUUGGUGCAGGAGUUGUGAACACUGUAUUCACCGUAGUGUCUCUGUUCGUGGUGGAGCGAGCAGGACGGAGAUCUUUGCACCUCAUUGGCCUGCUGGGAAUGGCUGUGUCUGCUGUUUGCAUGACCAUUGCCAUGGCACUGACUGAACAAGUCCCAGCCCUUUCAUACGUCAGCAUCGUCGCCAUUUUUGUUUUCGUGGCCUUUUUCGAGAUCGGACCUGGUCCGAUUCCAUGGUUCAUCGUGGCUGAACUUUUUAGUCAAGGCCCCCGACCUGCUGCUAUCGCUGUGGCCGGUUUCUCCAACUGGACGGCCAAUUUUAUAGUAGGAAUGUGCUUCCAGUAUGUGGAGCAACUGACUGGCCCGUAUGUCUUCAUCAUCUUCACUGUCUUGCUGCUCAUCUUCUUCAUCUUCACCUACUUCAAGGUGCCUGAGACUAAGGGCCGGACGUUUGACGAGAUCGCAGCAGGGUUCCGGCAGAAUGCAGGCUCCGGUGCAGAGAAGUAUGGCCCACAUGAUCACAACAUGCUGGGUGCAGAUUCACAGCUUUGAGCACUGUAUUUUCCUCCCACACUGCCUCAGUGGCUCUCUAUAAACCUUUGAUAACAUACUGUAGAGUGUGCUGCAACACCCACUUUCAGAUAGAUGUGUUUGUCUAUCAACAAGAUAGGAAGCCUGUGGCUGACUCCUGUUUAUGUUCUCUCUAUAUUUCUUAGAACAAUGAGAGUAGCUACUCUGUCAGCCAUUUGUGAUUCUUUUAGUUUUUCCAACAAUUGCACUGUGCGAUCACUGACCACUUGCAUUGCCUGCUGACACAGAUGUACACUCUGAAUACACUACUGCAUCACACUAUUGUUUAUUUAUACCAUUCCAGCUGUCUGAAUGUUUCUUGAGUUUUAAAAUUCAUUUUAAGGGCAGGAAUAUACAAGGUUACAACCAGUCUGAUUUGACAAAAUAUAUACAAAUAAACUAAUCUGGGCUAAGAUUGUGCCUAUUAAGAAGUCAGUUCUAGCAGUUCCAUUGUCAUAGCACUGUGCAAAAGCUUCAGAAUCUGAAUAUCACUGAUGGGAUAUCAGUGAAAUUCAUUCAUUCUUCUGUUCAUCCCGAGUAAGCACUUUAUCAUGGUCAGGGUCGGGCUGGAUCCGAAGACUAUCACAGGAACACUGGGUCUAAUGUUGAGAAUACAUCUUGGACAGGACUUCUGUCUAUCACAAUGUAUCAUACACACAUUCACACACUCAUUCACAGUUAGGGGUAAUUUAGCAUAGCCAGUACACCUACUGGGAGAGAUGGGAGAAAAUUCUGAUUUCUAGCCAUUUUUUACUAAUAUCACUAAUCUGAGUUUGUAUUCUAUUGGCAGAUAUAUUUCCUUGUUUCAAGAAGUAAUUGUAUGAAAUAAGCUAAAUUUCUAGAAGUGGACUUAAUAAUAACAACAACAAUAAUAAUAACAUUUCAUAUAUUGUGUGUAUAAAUGGGUAAAUACAUACAUAAAUACAUGCAAAUAUAUUUAAUAUAUCUCAGCUAUUAAGACAUUUCCACCAAACCAAAUAAUUUCACUGGUUUAUUGUACAGGAUGUUUAUGUGGAUAUAAUUCAAACACGUUUCAGUUUUGUCCAAGGAAUUCCAUGCGUCCUAACAUGUUGGCAAUUUUAUCCCGAUCCCUGGAACAUCUGUGAUAUUUCAUAUUACAUGGGUUUAAAUUUAUAACACAAAGUAUUGUCAUUUUAAUGAUUUUCCUGACAAUAGCCUCAGGUGCAGUACCGAAUAAAUCAUACCAUCGGCAUCGGCCAGGUAAUCGUAAACAUCUCCAAUAAAGUGAACUUUUGGAUUUGAUCCAUGAGAAUAACUAGUUGUGUUGGAGAACAAUACUACCACAUUCAAGUUAAAACACGAUGUACACUGAAGCCUGAUUUAUUCAUGAGGAGGCUGUUCAAAAACAUCUAUACCAAAAAAAAAAGUUAUUAGUUUUAUUUUAAGCCCACUUCACUCCUCUUUUAUCAUGCAUUGAAUAAAGUGCAAGCUAUUUUUCCUCUGCUGCAAUUUUUUCGCAAGCAUGCUGCUUUAACCACUGAGCUUCACUGAGUCAGUGAAUUUGUAUUACCUUAAGUUCAAUCAAGCAGAAAGAUUGAUGACUUCGACACAGCUUAAUGAAUUUAUAUGGUCACAUUAUGUGACAUAAUACUUGAAAGCAUUCUGUUCUUUUGGUAAAUCUUAUGACAAGGUUAAACAAUGAGUUCUAAAUGAUACAAAACUACACAUAUGCCACUGUGAAGCUGAAGUCACUCUCUCUUUGUUUUGCUUCGUUUUUUACUCAUUUGGACCAGGCACUUUUUGCCCCAUGUCUAUUUCAUUUCAUUGUAGUUUGACUUGAUUGUUUUGUUUAUGGUAUAUUUCUUUUUUUUUCCUGCCAGAUUUGUAUAUUCAGAUGAAUAACCCCACGUCACUGAUGUAAAGGUUCCACACAUUUAAUACACAUCAUAUAUUUCUAUAUACAGUAUAUAUUUUAUUAGAAAUGUGCAUUUAUUGCAUGGGAUAUCAUUGUUUAUUUAUUGCACAUUAGUACAUCACUGUAUGUAAUAUCUACAGAUGUUUAAGCACAACCUCGUGGUUGAUGGUAUGUGUUUUCGUAUUUCAAAUAAAUAUUUCAUAUUUAUUUUUGGAUAUUUUAUGUGCUUUGACUAUUGCCCUACCACAGUGUUAGAAUAUACUGCACAAAACAUCGAAUAUUCAGUACCGCUAAAACAGAGUACUUAAAUAAAUUAGUAUUAACGAUAAAAAAAAAAAAAGCACACUACAUAUUGUACAUGUACAGAAUACUGAAGGAUUUAGGAGUGAAGUUUAACAAUGUGCCUAUUUACAGAAUACAUACCACUCUUAUUAUAGCUCUUCAUUUUUGUAAAUUAUGCUUUGAAAAUUGGAAUUAAAAUUAAUAAAAUGCAAUUUAAUAAAA